CUCGCAACGAGUGCGUAACAAAGCAAAAUCACGCAACACAUCACAGUCUGUAGUGAAAAGCAAACAACAAGGAAGUUCCGUGCAAUUUGACGUAAUAUUUGUGACUUGGUCAUGGCGAUUCCCUUCUACGAAGACGAGCCCGUUGCCGCGACGGCUGCCAGCUUAGAGUCCAGCCACAUUACCGACGGCGAUGGAGAUCAAGUGGAUGGUCCUGCUUUCAGCAGUGAUGUAGGCUACGACCAGGUGGAUUACGAGGCGCCAACUUCAGCAGCAACAGCAACAAGUCACAGUCAAGCAACCUCAACCGAAGACGAGACGGCGCCUAGCACGGAGGAGCAACUGCUGGCCUGGAAAAUGCUUGCUUUGGCCAUGUGCAAGGUGCUCAAGCAGUUCUACCUGCAGCAACAGAAGGGAAAAUCUGCCAAGCUGACAGCCACUGUGCAGAUUCAGCCGCAGGCGCAGUAAAAUCCCAUCUCCAACCAACCGACAACAACAACAACAACUACAAAUUCAAAGGCCCUCCGACUUGGAGGACUGACGGCUCCUAAGCGCAACUUGUGAUUACUUUUCGUUGGUGAGAACUAGCGUGCCCUGAAAGGAACGAGUUUAGGGGGAGAGAAAAUGAGAGACAGUAUUUUGCAAUCGAUGUGAAUACAUUUUCCAAAGGAAAGCCCACCCAAGGAAAUGCAGCUAUUAUUUUUCGAAAUUUUAACAUUUACUUCUGAUCUGAUUUUCAUAAUUUGUCGUGAUUAAAAAACAAAAAAUUAAAAAAAUUGAAAAAAGUUUGGAUAAGCGCAAAUGUGAUAAAUAAUUUUGCUAAAAAUAUUUUAAGUGCAUAUUUUGGUAAAGUUAUUUAAACACUUGAAUUACGAUGUAAAUUCGAAAUGAAUUGAAUUAAGUUAAGAUUAGUUCUUUCAUGAUGGUCGGCCCAGUGCAAGCAGCAGCUAGUUUUCAUACAGAUACGAUUCUAAUUUUAAGUCCACACUUUUCUACUAAAUAGUACUAAUAAUUCUAAUUAGUUUAAGUUUAUAAAUCGAAAAAACAAAAAACGAAAAAAAAAACAACUUUUACAAAACUCUCUUGGUGUCUAUUUACAAAUUCGACGACGAAACACAAAUCGCAUCGAUUUCCAUUUUUAGGUAGUUGGCUUCUUACGUAGCGAAUAGUUAUGAAAAUAUAUUUAUAUAUACAACAACAACAAGAAAAAAUAACUAUUAAAUAUAUGUACUAUAUAUUUUUGUAUAAUUAUUUUGCUGUUAAAUGUAAGUUGAUGUUCGUGUAUUUGUGUCAAUUUGAUUUUUAGGCCCAUUCUCAUAGGCAAUAUUCCUAAGCAAUCGAUGUGAACCGAAGAGUCCAAAUGACAAGCAAAAGAUCAUUUUCGUGUCACGAGCAUGAACAUAGUACAAGACAACAAUAGCAAAACUUUACAGAGCAACACAAAAAAAAGCAGCCAAUUUGGUUGGCUUUAUAAUUGUAAUUGUAAUGAUAAUUAUAACUUAAUGUUAAGCAUAAAAUAAAUAUUAUAAAUUCGUAAUAAAAACAUAACUUAA